GAUAUGCACGUUAGAGGAAUAAAUACUAAAAUCGGUGAGGUUGGGGGAAUGAAUAUGCAAAAUUGGCAAAUUAUUUCGCUAACGCCGUUUCAUUCCUCGAAGCUUUGUUCCUCAAAGCGAAAAGAAGCUCGAGGAGCGAAAUAUGAACGGCGGCAGUGGCGGCAGUGGCAGCGGUGGAGGAGGAAGUGGCGCGGGGAAGAUGCCGACCAACUUUCUGAAGUCGAUCCGAGGCAGGCCGGUCGUCGUGAAGCUCAACUCCGGAGUCGACUAUAGAGGUAUUCUAGCUUGUUUGGAUCCAUACAUGAACAUUGCAAUGGAGCAAACGGAAGAAUAUGUUAAUGGUCAGCUAAAGAACAAGUAUGGCGAUGCUUUCAUCAGAGGAAAUAAUGUUCUGUACAUCAGCACCUCUAAAAGGACUCUUGCUGAUGGGGCAUGAUACUGGUGCUUGGCAAAGUCUGUCCUUGGCAUGAUUUCACAUGUUGUUGAUGAGAUUGUUGCACGUAAUGAAGAGGCAUGUGUAAGUGUGUCCUGGUAGAGUGGAUUAUCAACUAUUUUGAAAUUUAUGCCCAAGUCAUCAGACAAAUUUGUUUUUUUUUUCUUUUAUUUUUUACAAAGGGUAAAUGAUGAAAUUACGAUUCGAGAAACAUCUUCAAAUCUUGUUCUAAUUUUGUUAAAGCAUAUGUUGGUCGUCAACUCGAUAUGAUGAAGUUGACCCGACCUUAUGUGUGUUCA